AUGAGAAAAAAAAAGACGUUGCGCCGAAAUGCCAGGCAGAUCGCAGACCGCCUCAAAAAAAUAGAACAGGAGUGUCGACAGUUAAGCAAACACAUUAGGAGAGUAGGAGAGGAGAGGAAGUCAUUUGUAAUAACCACCGCUUUACUAAAGAAGUACCACUCUUACGUGGACAGUAAUUUGAUGAAUGGCAUCUCCAUUUUUUCCUCUACCAGUGUCUUUGUAAAGAGUUGUGGGAUUAUUUUUUCAUCGAAAACGAUUUUGGAGGAUCCCAACAGUGCGACUGAGGAUGGAUGCUGCAGUGGAUAUGCAGAGAGGCGUCAUUCGGACUGCCCCAUGGGGGGGUCUCAUAUGAUCGUAGAGAGGGCCUUUCACGGGAGAAGCAAACUUCUGUGGAGGGAGGCAGCCUGGGGGUCCCUCCCAGAGGUCGAGCGCACAAAAGGAGGAAACAAAGAGGGCACUCCGCAAAACGGCGGGCAUGAUGAACGGAGCGUGCCUAACCAGUUGAGUCACUUCACUGUUGCGCUUAGAAAUGUAGAUAAAAAAAAAUGUGAAAAAUCUGCUGCGUCCUCCUUGCACCCAGCGGAGGGUCAGCCCAUGCCCCGUGUCCGUCCGCACAACGAAAAAGUUGGCGAUGAGGAUGGCGAAAAUGAUGGCUAUGGCGAUGACGAUGACGAUGGCGAUGACGAUGGCUAUGGCGAUGACGAUGGCUAUGGCGACUACGAUGAGAAGGAAAGCCAACACGACAGAAGCUCUGCCGACUCGUACAUCGAUCUGAUCAGGAAGGGGAAAGUCUUCUCCUUUUUUAUGAACAAAACUGAAAGCAAAUAUAACCCCUUUUACCAUUUUAUGCACAACGUGAAGCGAAUUUUCUUCCUGAGUGAAAAGGAGGGAGGUAAAAAUAAAAGGUGCUCAAGCGAUAAAGAAAAAAACGAACGAAUGAGCUCCUUGAAAUUUCGAUGCUUAGUGAAGUCCAAAAGAAUUGUAAUAGCAGUGGAGGGGGGGUGCAGGCGAAGGGGGGGGAUGGCCACGGCGGGAAAGGACAUCCCUCGCUUGGACAUCGCUCACCUGGAUGGCGCUCACCUGGAUGGCGCUCACCUGGAUAUCACUCACCUGGAUAUCCCUCACCUCGAUGCCGCACACCUGGGUACCCACUCGGUCGAAUAUUUUUGCGACUCCGUGAUGGCCCCCCACGAGACUGGCAAGAACAACGGCGAGCACUUCUGCAACUGCUAUGUGGGGAUGGACGAGGGGGGCGACGGCCUCUUCGGGGAUGCCAACAUACUCGCCUACUUGUAA